AUGACAACACAUCGCCGACAUUCUUUUUCUUCUUCCUUAUCUUAUGAAACAGAUGAAAUCGAUGAAUUUAAUGAAUUUAAUGAUUAUUCUGGAUUGAUAGAGGAAAAGAUAAUGAAUGAAGAAUAUAAGAUCUGGAAAAAGAACUCUUCGUAUUUAUAUGAUUUGCUUAUCGCAGAUACACUUGAGAGUACUUUGUUUACGUGCCAGUGGUUUAAAGAUUUUUAUAGGCGAAGACUACAGAAUGCAAAGAAUAUUGAUGGGCGUACACCUAAAAAACGAUCAACAAAACUAUAUUCAGAUUGGUGCUGUAGAAUUACCAUUAAAUGGCGCAACUAUUAUGAUUAUGAUUAUAACUAUGGAAUAUUUAAGAAUGAAUGGAUUGAAAAUGAUGACGGGGAUGUACCUAAUUGUAAAAGAUUAUCGAUUGUUCAAAUGAUAAAACAUGAUGGAGCAAUAAAUAGGGCAAGAUACAAUCCUAAAGACCAAAACAUUAUUGCCACCAAGUCAGAAUAUAAAAAUGUUUAUAUAUUUGAUAGAGCAAAACAUCCCGAUAAACCUGCUAAUACCAGUAGUUCAUGUCGACCAGAAUUAACAUUAAAUGGUCACACAGAACAAGGACAUGGAUUAUCAUGGAAUUCAUUUAAAAAUGGACAUAUUAUUGACUCAUCUAAAGAUAUGACAAUUUGUUAUUGGGAUAUUUCUGGCAAUAGUAAUGGAAAUAUGAUGGAACCAUUGCGUAUAUUUAAAGGACCCAAAUCAUGCAUCCAGGAUGUUGAAUGGCAUGCUUUUAAUCCAAAUAUGUUUGGAUCUGUGGAUCAUGAUAGAAAUCUUUUGAUUUGGGAUUCACGUUGUAGUUGUCCAGUAGGAUCAGUCCAGGCACAUGAAAAAGAACUCACAACGUUAGCAUUUAAUCCAAUAAAUGAAGUUGUAUUGGUGACUGGUUCUGCUGACAAGAAUCUUAAUUUAUGGGAUAUACGUAAUCUUAAAAUUAAACUGUAUACACUUAAGAAUCAUGAAUCUAAUAUUGUUGAUGUUAAAUGGUCACCACAUGAUGAAAAUAUUUUGGCAUCUGCAUCAGCAGACAAAAAAGUUAAUCUUUGGAAUAUAAAUAAAAUAGGAGCUGAGCAAACAAGUGAAAAAGUAGAAGAUGGACCUCCGGAACUGUUGUUUAUGCAUGGUGGACAUAUUGAUAAAAUUUCAGAACUAAGUUGGAAUCCUCUUGUGCCACUGAUGAUUGCUAUGCUUGAAGAAGAUUCAUCUGAUGAAUUCUAUGGAUAG